AUGGUGAAGGCUCUGUCAAUCCCCGGGCUUGGCGGUGCCCCGGCUGUAAUCUUUCACACGAGCAUUUCCCUACUACUUACACUUGCUGGUGUGAGAAGGAGGCUGAUCCUAGGCCAUUUCCUGGUCUACCUCCCCACUCUUGUGGCCAGACAUGUUCCCGCCCUCGCAAGGGCUGCCCUCAUCCGUGUGACACGACUUGUCACGCUGGUCCAUGUGCUCCUUGUACGGCAAUGGGACCAACCCAGGACUGCUUUUGUGGUCGAAAUUCUACCACAAAACGGUGUCAGGACACUGAUUAUGAACAGGGUUGGAGCUGCGGAGAGAUCUGCGGUGACCUUCUUCCCUGUGGAGAACAUUUCUGCCCUCUCCCAUGUCAUGAAGGGUUAUGUGGUGCUUGUGAAAUCAAGAUCGACGCCCGUUGUUAUUGCGGGAAAGUUCAAACCGAAAUGCUAUGCAGCUCCAAGGAAGAUGAAAUGGACAGCCAGACUAUUCAUGCUGAUGGGACGGAGGAAGAAUGGACAGGGCUUUUCAGCUGCACUGAUCUUUGCAACCGGACCUUCGACUGUGGAGUACAUUCAUGCCAAAAGGCCUGCCACCCCCAAGAAUUGCUUCCUGCGCAUUGCCCCAAAUCACCGGACGUUGUUAUCCGAUGCCCAUGUGGCAAAACACAUUUAA